AACUGCUAUCAUUACAUCGCUUUAUCUUAACCAAACCGGUUGUGAACGAUUCAGUGUGAUUCAGAAGCUCAGAAUGGAUCGUUUUCUCCGCUUUUACAUUAAAUUUCUAGGCUAUUCCAUCGGAAUCGCGUCGAUUUUGGGAACAUUUUUCAUGACCCUGUCAAUCUACAGUUAUUCGGACUUUCACUUUCCGUUGGAAGAAUUCUACGACUACCGCUUCAUGGGAAGUUCUGCCCUGGUGUUUGGCGUAGCAUGGCUUACAGCUAGUAUCGCCCUGUUGUAUGGAAUCUACAAGGAAAAGCAACCCUACCUGUACCCGUUCGUCGCCAUGUUCAUGUUUGAUCUGUUCCUGAUGGUCACGCGGGAUAUUGCGAUCUUCUGGAUGAACCUUGCCUGGCAUCAUACGCCUUUGCUGAACGUGGCCGUACUUCCGGUGGUUUUGCUUACCUCUUUACACGUGGUGUUCAGCAUGAUUGUGCUGGGAAAGAUGUUUGUGCGUGAAUCCAAUGUUACGUCUAACCAAGCUGAGCUUGUGGUUUUUAACGAGGAGAUCCAGCAAGCCCCGUUGGCUGAAGGAGAAGCAGUUGACGAUGAUGUUGCACUGGUCGAGGACUAAUACAAAUUUAAUAUCAACUGUUGUCAACAUUGUAUACAGCCUAACAUUUAUCAAAUAUAGCGGAAGCGAUUCUCCUUAAGCUUUUCCACUUUUUUUUUCCAAUUUUGAACAUCUACUCUCUUUUAUGAUGUUGAACAUUUGCCGUGAAUCAUCGAUACUCGGAUUUUAUUCGUAUUUUUGUUAUUUGGUCUAAUUUUGGUUGAUUCAAGAAUUCAUUUUGUGUCAUUGGUUCUCCGAUACACGUCUCCAUACAAAUUUA